CCGAAGGAGCCGGCAGCCAGGCCAGGACGAGGAAGGGGCCGGAGCCCGCCCUGCACCCGCGCCGCAGCCCGGCCGCGCAGGGAGGAAGCAGCCAGCGUCCGUCUCCCCCGCGCGGAGAGCGCACCGCGGCGACCACCGCGAGCCUAGUGCGAAUCCCCGGCCCCCGUCCUGCCCUUCCCCUGCUGGGGCCAGUCCAGCGGCCCGGCUCGCAGCAGCCGACCUUCCCCCCAAAAGCUUUGUGUCGAUCUCUCCAUUUUCCCGCGGAGAUGGUAAUGGGAGCCCGGCCCCCCCACCCUCUCUCCCCUCCUCCCCGGGCUCGCCGCUGAGCGCCGCCCCCCUCCUGUGCUCUCCCUACUCCUCCCUCCUCCCUUCUCCCUCCCUCUUCUCUCCUCCUCUGCCUCCUUCACAGCCAGACCGGCUCCCUCCCACAUCUGGCGCCUAGAGACCCCUGGGAGCCCGCGCGCCCUCCCCUGGACCGGCACGCGACCGGCAGCGCCCCGGCCGGCUUGGGUCGCGCGUGGAGGUGGCCCGCGCCGCGGUCCUCUGUCCCCCCCCGACGGCUGGGGGGACGGGGGAGGAGGCCGCGCGCCCCCUCCCCGGCGCCGACUCCCCCUGGCGGCCGCUCCCAUGGGUGUCGCUGGGCCGCGCCAUGCCUAAGGGGGCGCCGCGAUGGGCCAAGGGGACGAGAGCGAGCGCAUCGUGAUCAACGUGGGCGGCACGCGCCACCAGACGUACCGCUCGACGCUGCGCACGCUGCCCGGCACGCGGCUCGCCUGGCUGGCAGAGCCCGACGCCCACAGCCACUUCGACUAUGACCCGCGCGCCGACGAGUUUUUCUUCGACCGCCACCCGGGCGUCUUCGCGCACAUCCUGAACUACUACCGCACCGGCAAGCUGCACUGCCCGGCCGACGUGUGCGGGCCGCUCUACGAAGAGGAGCUGGCCUUCUGGGGCAUCGACGAGACGGACGUGGAGCCCUGCUGCUGGAUGACAUACCGCCAGCACCGCGACGCCGAGGAGGCGCUCGACAGCUUCGGGGGCGCCCCCCUGGACAACAGCGCCGAAGACGCAGACGCCGAAGGCCCGGGCGACUCGGGCGACGGUGAGGACGAGCUGGAGAUGACCAAGCGCCUGGCGCUCAGUGACUCCCCGGACGGCCGACCCGGUGGCUUCUGGCGCCGCUGGCAGCCGCGCAUCUGGGCGCUCUUUGAGGACCCCUACUCAUCCCGCUAUGCGCGGUAUGUGGCCUUUGCCUCCCUCUUCUUCAUCCUGGUCUCCAUUACCACCUUCUGCCUGGAGACCCACGAGCGCUUCAACCCCAUUGUGAACAAGACGGAGAUUGAGAACGUGCGGAAUGGCACGCAGGUGCGCUACUACCGGGAAGCGGAGACGGAGGCCUUCCUCACCUACAUCGAGGGCGUCUGCGUGGUCUGGUUCACCUUCGAGUUCCUCAUGCGCGUUGUCUUCUGCCCCAACAAGGUAGAGUUCAUCAAGAACUCACUCAACAUCAUUGACUUUGUGGCCAUCCUCCCCUUCUACCUGGAGGUGGGCCUAAGUGGCCUGUCCUCCAAGGCCGCCAAGGAUGUUCUGGGCUUCCUGCGCGUCGUCCGCUUCGUGCGUAUCCUGCGCAUAUUCAAGCUGACCCGACAUUUUGUCGGUCUGCGGGUUCUGGGCCAUACGCUGCGCGCCAGCACCAACGAGUUCCUGCUGCUCAUCAUCUUCCUGGCCCUGGGUGUGCUCAUCUUUGCCACCAUGAUCUACUAUGCCGAAAGGAUAGGGGCACAGCCCAAUGACCCCAGCGCCAGUGAGCACACGCACUUUAAGAACAUUCCCAUCGGCUUCUGGUGGGCUGUGGUCACCAUGACAACACUGGGCUACGGAGACAUGUACCCGCAGACGUGGUCUGGCAUGUUGGUGGGAGCACUGUGCGCGCUGGCAGGCGUGCUGACCAUCGCCAUGCCCGUGCCUGUCAUCGUGAACAAUUUUGGGAUGUACUACUCCUUAGCCAUGGCUAAGCAGAAACUACCAAAGAAAAAAAAGAAGCAUAUUCCACGGCCACCGCAGCUGGGAUCUCCCAAUUAUUGUAAAUCUGUCGUAAACUCUCCACACCACAGUACUCAGAGUGACACAUGUCCGCUGGCCCAGGAAGAAAUUUUAGAAAUUAACAGAGCAGAUUCCAAACUGAAUGGGGAGGUGGCGAAGGCCGCGCUGGCGAACGAAGACUGCCCCCACAUAGACCAGGCCCUCACUCCUGAUGAGGGCCUGCCCUUUACGCGCUCGGGCACCCGCGAGAGAUACGGACCCUGCUUCCUCUUAUCAACCGGGGAGUACGCGUGCCCACCUGGUGGAGGAAUGAGAAAGGAUCUUUGCAAAGAAAGCCCUGUCAUUGCUAAGUAUAUGCCGACAGAGGCUGUGAGAGUGACUUGACCAGGCGGCUUGGCCGAGGACACUGGUGGCUAUUAAGCAUCUGGGUGGACCUGCAGCCCCUCCUCACCCUCGGACAGAGUAAUUCACGCCAUGCAGGUUUGCCGGACGAGUCCGAGUGGCACAGGCAUUGUACUAGGACGGACGUAGCUUUUUCUACGGCCAAAUGGUAACUGACCGUAGAGGAUUUCUUUUUCUUCUUUUCAUUUUUUAAAAAAAAUUAUUUUAUUUGGGAAGGGGGGUGGAGGGGCUCCUUAGCAUGACUUGCAUGAAGUUAAACAGAAAACCCAACAAAUCAAACCCACCAACCCCCUACAACUGUAUGAUUACCCUAAACAACAAUAAUGAAAAGAAAAGCAAAAGUCCCAUAUUUUCUUUCAUAACUUUUUACUUUUUACACAUUGGUGGAGCCCAACUGUAACAGAGAUCGGUAGAAACCUGUACAUUUCUGGAAGUGGGGGUGGGGCGGGCUGGGGAGGAACGAUGGAGAUGGGGAAAGAAUUGCUUCCCUGUUUGUGCACAAGAUGGAAAGCAAAGGUUCCGAAAAGGGCAGUUGGUCAGUCAUCGGUCAUAUUGACCUCACCUUCAUACUCAUCUCUCAUGCGGAAACCGAGAACUUUGCUUCACAUAGAAUUGUGGAAACUCGCACUGCCGUCCUCUUCUGUUUGGCAUGCUUGUGACCCAGCAAACGUCUCCCCAAGACCUGACAGCGGCUAGUCUAGGUUGGUUCUCUCAUCCUCCCGGUGUGUAGAUCCAGUGUGACCAACUUUCAUAACAAAUUGUUCAUAGUAAAUAAUCAGCACCGUAUGGAUUUUCCAAGUGUUAUUUUAAAACCAGGAUGUAGAGCACCAAAAGUUCAGGGCCACAGGAGGGGUGCCCUCCUCCACUUUUACCAAGGCGCAACCUGGCACUGUAUGCAAUUUAGUACUUCAGAGUUAAAAACUGCAUGCCCAAUGUUAUGCAAAGCGAUUUGAGCAUGAAAUAAAUUUUGUAUCAUGGUUUCUGUAUAGUCUAAAGCAGAUUUGUUUUCCUGAAGCAAUUGGAGGUUUGCAGAGACACGCUUCUGCAUCUCGAAUAAAUAUAGUAUUUUCCCAACAGAAACAGAGGACAGUAGCUUGGCUUUGGUCUGAUUCUAAAAUUAGUUGGGGGGGGAGAGGAUGAUAUUUUUGAAAAACACAUGCUUGGGUUGAAAAAAAUGCAACAUCUCGAGCUUUCACUGCAGCUCAAAACAUUUCCUGGAAAGAGAGCAACGAUGCUUUAGCUCAACAAUCUCCCCUCCCCUCUGGGCCCCGGCCCCAGAAAUAAAAAACUGACUUUUGAGAUGAAGCACGUAUUUGGGUUUUUAUUGCCUCCAGGCAGUGUCGUGAUUCUCUUUUGGACUUCUGGUCUGUGUGGCUAGGCUGGGGUAAGCCCUGGCUAAGGCUGCUGCUCCUGCCAACCCAGUGGGGGACAGCCAGGUCUUAAGGAGGAAGCUGAUCCCUUCAGGUUGGUUGGGCAGGAUGGCCCCUUGCAUUGUACAUACUGUUGGGCUGGGGGGAGGGAGGUAGCUCUCAGAUGACACAGGGGGUCCGAAGACCUGCUGUAAGACCAGCAUGUCCUCUGGGGUCCACUUGGUAUGUACAUUUCUCUGUGCAUAAGGCCAUAUUGAUGAAUCUUUGAAUCUGGACACAUCAGAACCUCCAGUUCCCCUCUGCAGACCGUGGUCAUGUCCCUGCUAGGGUCAUUGAUGAAAGUGAUGGAGACAGAAGCAGAGAUCCCACCUGCCAGUUCUGGUCCCCCAACUAGCUGUAGCCUUGCAUGUACAACCUGGUAGAGCACCUCUUUGAAUACCCAAUCUUGGAAGUAUAGUUCUCUCCUAGGGAUCUUGACUUGCUAAAAUUGUUCACUUGGUUUUGGUGGAGGGGCAGGGUGGAGGAGUCAAUCCUUUUCUCAUCCAUGGGAAGGAAGUCCCAGGAAUGUUCAGGUAGAAAGAGUCUCUGAAGGACAUGGUUGUCAACCUCUGAGCAUUUUAUAGAUGAGCAAAUGGAGCCCAGGGAGGGGAGUUAUAUGCCCAGGGAUGAAAACAAGGGGUAACAAUCUUCUCUGAUUUUAGUUCCCUUAUACCUCCCAGCAUGGCCUAAGUCAAUGAUCCUAUGGGUGGGUAGGAGGCUUAAGGUGUGUGUUGAAUUUUCAUUUACCAGUUUUUCAUCCCCUUCUUGCUUUUGCCUCAACUUCCUGUUGCCCUGUGAAGCCCAAGGACUAAGGAAUUGGGGUUGAUGGAGCCUCUGCCCAGGGUUAUAUGGCUUCCAGCUGUAACAACUAUACAUCUCAUGAUGUGCAUGCUAAGCAGCCUUGGCUAUUGCAGGGAGGUUAAUGUCUAUGCUACCCAGGGAUCCAGGGCAAAGAAGAGCCAGUGAUGAACACCACAAAACCAUCUGGAAUCUGCUUUUCAGGUCAUGGGAGCUAAUGGGAAAAGGGAAUUAACAUACAGUCAGCAUCUACUAUGUGGGGGGCAUCUUGCAAACCAUGUCUAAUGAGAGCUCAUAACAAUUCAACAGUCCCAUUUCAGAGGAAAGAAAACAGGUGCAGAGAGCUAAAACAGUAACUGGCCCAAAGCAACACAGCCAAUAAAUGAUGAAGUCAUGCUUUGCACUUAGGUAGUCUUUGACUCCAGAGCUCAGGCUAAGCUGUCUCAUGGUAGUUGAGGAUCUUCUGGGGCUCGUUCUUUGAGGCAAAAUUGACAGAAACACUGGAGUGGUGGGUCCUGAGAGUCCCAGGAACCUCAGGACUUGGCUUCAUGCCCUCUUUCAUGAAGUACCAUGGGUAUGACAGCAGAGGCCACUUCGCAUCCAGCUGGUGGCUCACCCAUCCCAACAGCUGGCCCACCCCUUUCUCCUGCUUUAGUGCCCCUCCACCCCAAGAAUGGCACGGAAGCUCCUUCAGCUGGGAGGCCUCUCUAACCUGUUCUCACACCCACCUCCCUCUGUGCUUCAGCUACUCUGAAAUUCUGACCUGUUGCAGCUACACAUUCAUGCCUUAGGACCUGGAACACUUUCCCUCUAACAGCCCCUCUACUUUCCCAGUAACUUCAAUUGCUAACUUGACUUUAGCAGAUCACUGAAUCCCUUCAGCCAGAAGUAGAGGAUGCUUUGGGCCUGGUGAAAGGCUUUAGUCUGGGCCACAGGCCUAGAUUACUAGGCCCCAUUUCGUCGAAGCUUGGUUGGAUGGCCCUCAACUCAUUGGGCUGGGGAUAGUGGGUGUGCAGGGCAGAUGGGAUAUCAGUGAUCAGGAGGCUAUGCAAGAUGGAAACAUCCUAUCAAUACCCAGGACAUGCUGGUCCUUCAAUGAUCACCCAAGCAGCCAGGCCAAAGGCCUAGGAGCACACACUGGAGGCUGUUCUCUCUUCUGUUCCCUUUCUUCCUUCUCACAGCGGAGAAAUAUAAAAACUAAUUUACUCAAAAAUAAUUUUUCAG